AUGAGGGCGCAAGUAAUUGGACUGCUCUCAGUCGCAACGCUUGUUCCUUCUAUUGUCGGCGUUGCUGUACCUCGAGCCCCAUCCGGACCUAAUCAGCCAAACCCUCGGCGCUUUCCACUGAAUGAAACGGCCAUCGCGACUGCCCCAGACGGCAGUACCACUCGCUUAUUAUCGAUAGCAUCAACCCCAAUAACACAAGUGGAAGAGGAAUUGUCCUCUCUUCCUGACAAAGCAUCUUCUACAGAGGCUUUCUUUCAAACGGCAGCAGAGACAAGCUCCGAUGAUUCUGCUGAGAGAGUGCCAAUCACUUCACAGUUGGAUCGCGUGGCCACUUCAUCUCAGAGCACUCGAAUCACUCUAGAAACUCAUAUUCGAUCUUUCUCGGAACCUUCAGCUUCGCAUUUCGUCCAGACCGCUCCUAAAUCUGCUGCUCUGGUGAAUGGAAACCCGCCAGAUCACAAUAGAGAUUCAAGCUCUGUAGCAAAUCAAGCCGAUCUCCAGGCUUCGGCUCAAAGGAGACCAAACCAGGGAUUUGCACAUUCUUUUACACAAGCCGUGCCCAACAAUACCAAACUGGAGACGCGGACAUGCGGGCCUGGCUACAAGUCUCCCUGCGGAUGGAUUCCCUUAGUUACUUCGAAGGGAAAUGGGACAUACACGCCUGGACCAUGGACGUCUGGUUCAUUGACGCUGAUAGCACCAACGUCAGUGUUGCCGUGCACGACAUUGCAGGAUAACGAACCUUUCACCGAGUAUUCCAUUGUGUAUACUUCAACGAUAACCUUCUUUGGAAACCGCAGUGAUUACACGCCACCCUACCCUACUAUCAGUACUCCCAACGUUUGCGACCCAGAGGCUCCAAGCCCAUCAUUCUCAAAGAUUGUUCCAUCUCAUGGCUCCGAAGAGUCUGGAACAUUCCCAUUGCCAGGCUCUGGACUAACUAAGGAGCCCCCUCAAGCAUGCUUACCGGGGAAAUCUUGUGCUUCAGAAAAGCCUCCUGGUUGGUCGAAUCCAACAGCCGUUCCUGGAGUGCCAGGUUUAACUAUGUCAAGCUCGAGAAUGACUGUUACUUUCAUAACGACUGACAAGAACCCGGCUGUGGUAUUCCCCACAGAACCGCCGCCGCACUUCGACCGACCGACUGGUGGAGGAGGUCUCCCUGUGAGUAACAAACAACUGCCGCAGCCUUCCAAAGCGCCAGGCUCAAAUCACCCAAAUUCUUCCGGGGGGCACGGAAAGUCGAGUCCUCAGUCGGGCCCACAACCGGACGUGAAGCCGCGACCUUCGGCAGAACCUGGACCGAGGCCAACAUCAGGACCGCAGCCAGAAACCGAACCAUCAGGGGGUCCACAGCCCCAAUCACGGCCUGACACCGAACCUGAACCCCCUAGGAACUUUUUUGUGACUGCCAGAGGCCAAGAAGUCAUUGUCAAUGACAAGACCUUCUCCAGUCUCAGAGCAGAUCAAACUACGACAGUCACUGUCGAUUAUGGAACAUUUACAAUUCGCCCAACAGAAGUGGUUGGUGAGGGAGCAACAGUUAGGAAACCGCAGCCUGUCGGUACUGUGAUUUCCGUUGUCAGCCCUACAAGUGCGACUAUUGGAAAGAUACCUGUCACUGUUUCGGGCACGGAAGCUAUUGUUGGCGGCACGAGGCUCAAAAUUCCUCUUAUGGGCACGACCACAAGGCUUACGGUUCCUGUCGUCGGAUCCAAUACUAUUGUGGAGGAGCGACAAGUGUCCAUUGCGCCUGGUAGCGUGGUGAUUGAUGAAAAAACACUCACAUACCAUGGGGUCGGUGGCCCUCAGACAGACGUGAUCAUUGAAGGUGGUGAGAUGUUCACCGCAGUUGGAAAAUCUGUGUUUGUCUUUCAUUCUACGACUCUGAUAUAUGGAACUGGCACUCCCGUGACAACGGAAACAAUGGAUGACGACACUGUCACUGUUGGACCAGAAGGUGUUGUUGUUGAUGGAACAACUCUAGGUGGGUCUGACGCUGAGCUCACUGACACUAAAUACCGAAUUGUUGGUGGAGCGACCAUCACCAAAGUCAACCCUUCAUACGCGAUCAUCGAUGAAACGACCUUCACUGCCGGGCCUGGUGCCAAGAGCACAACAAAAGCGGCCGGUGGUGAAACUAUCACGAUCGGGCCUAGUGGUGUCAUCAUUGGUACAAUAACAAUAAAGUUCCCCUUCGGGGCUUCAACUGUAACCACCAUCGAGGCAAAAGCAACAGCGUCUGACGAAUUACCCGUUGCAACAGGAACCAGCAGCAACAAUGCCAAAGAGGAUGGAAAGAGGAUGAAAGAGGAUGACAGCGGUGCGAUUUUACGACGACCAGGUUUGGCAACAGGAAUGACUGGGUUAUGCAUAGCGUUUGGCGUUUGGAUUCUGUUUUGA